UAAUGACUGUAACUCUGGAGGGAAGACCCAUCAGCACAUAGCCUUUUGGGUUUUUUUAUGCUUCACCGGGAUCUAUCUAAUACACAUGCUCCGAACAUGAAAGCGGCUUGACAGUACAAACCGUUCCGUUGUGAGAAAGCAUAGAGUCUUAGUUAACAACUGACAAAAGAUCAUCACACACAUUUUCAUCUUGUUUGAAUAUAUCUUGACAAAUUUCAAGAGAUGACAGCGAUACUGAUGUGUAUGUUAAUCGAUCUACUACUUUUUUCAUCCAUCACAUUUUAUCCUAGAUGUUCUUCAAAAAAAUUAAUUUUUUUACACAGGAAAAUAAUCAGAAAAAACGUUCAAACUUUUACUUGGAAACAUAAUGAGGUAAUAACUACAAUAUUUAUUCACUUUUUUUGUAGAAAUUGGGUGAUAUAGAUCUCGAUUAUUGUCCCGAUGAUGAUAGUGUUCAAUAUCCAAUUGGUGGUCAGAUACCGAUUGAACAAUUAUCAAUUAUUGAAUUACAUGAUCAAGUUAAUAUCACUGCUAUUGAAAUUGUCGUUAAUAGACCGAACGAUGAUAUUAAAAAUAUAAAUAAUCAUGAUGAUAAUGAUAUUGUUUUACUUGGUGAUGAUAGAAGUUCAUUGUAUAUGUUUCAAAAAUCAAAAUCGACAAUCAUUCAAAAACGUGAAAUUUUAUCAAAUUAUUCACAAUCAGUCAUACUAUCAAUGAAAUUUAUGAAUAAAACAACUGGUGAACUUUUAAUAUUAACAAAUAAUGAAAUGAUAAAAGAAAAUUUAUUUGAAUGCGAUAAACAUCAGACAUGUAAUGAAUGUUCAAUGGCAAAUAAUUUUAAUUGUCAUUGGUGUUCAGAACAAAAUAGAUGUACAUCCAUAUUUCAAUGUCCAAGUAGUGUUAAUCAUCAUAAUAAUGAAUUCAAUAUGUGUAUGAAUAUUGAACAUGUCACACCAAAUACGAUUACAUUGAAUAAGUCGAGUUCAUGGAUUGAUAUUACACUUAGUUCGUCAUUAGAAUUACUUUUUCGAAAUGAUUUAUAUUUAUGUCAAUUUACAAAUGAAAAAAAUAUCAAUCAAUUAUUAACAACAGCUGUUUUAUUGAAAAAUAAUGCUCUCUAUUGUCCAACACCACUGUCAUAUAGUUUUAAUGGACAUACAUCUGAUAAUAAACCUCUUCAUAAAGUUCAAUUGUCGAUCUAUCAUAAUAAAACAAAGUCAACAUUUGGCUCCUAUCAAUUAACAUUUUAUAACUGUAGUGCAUUUCUAACAUGUUCAUCAUGUACAAAUAAUGUUAAAUCUUCUUCAUUAUGUUCAUGGUGUAUAACAACAGGAACAUGUAUUGAUAGUUCAUCAAUUUGUCAAAAUGAAUUAAAACGAACUAAAAUAUCAAUUUCAAAUCAAGAAGAUUGUCCAAUUAUGUAUUUUACUCAACAAUAUCGAAUUCCAUUUGAUAAUUUUGAAACAUCAAUUGAUAUUCAAAUUGAACAAUGUAACAAUAAUAAUUCAAUUAUUAAUUUACAAAAAAUCAAUUAUUGUAUGUUACGUGAUUUUAGAAAACGUUCAUCAUUAAUUACAAAACAAUAUAAAUUAAUUCAAGUAGAGACAAAUGGAGAUGAUUUAUGUUUAUUAACAUGUCGAUUUAAGUCAACUGAUUAUCAUCAACAACAACAACAACAACAUAUGUUAGCUCGUAAACCGUUAAAUUUAGAAUUAUCUUUAUAUUUGGCUAAUAAUUCACUAUUAAUACCAAAAUAUUAUUCAACAUCACAAAUUCAAAUGUAUAAAUGUGAAAAAAUGGCAUACAAUUGUUCAUUAUGUUUAAAUUUACAUGCAUCAUACAAUUGUGUUUGGUGUAAAAAUGGAUGUCAUCUGAGUGGAACAGUGUGUGAUAAAACAGUAACAAGACAACAAUUAUGUAUUCCACCUCAAAUUGAAACUAUUAAACCAAUUAAUUAUCCAACAAAUGGUGGUACAUUAGUGACAAUAACAGGAAAAUAUUUAACAACAAUAACAAAUGAUAGUCCAAUUGAUAUUCAACUAGCGGGUAUAAAAUGUGAAUUAAUUAGAGAAGAAUCAACUUCUCACAAAUUAAUAUGUCGUACUGGAGAUGCUGAACAAAAUAUCUCAGGUCCAAUUAAAGUGACAAUUGAUGAUCAACAUAGUAUUAGUGAUCAACAAGUAUCGUAUUUGAUGCCCAUUAUUGAAUCAAUUGAACCAUUGGCUGGUAUUCUCAGUGGUGGAACAAUAUUAACUAUAAUUGGACGAAAUUUUACUCUUGGUAAUCAAUUUGUAAUAAUAACAAUUGGUGAAAGUCUAUGUAAAAUAUUAGACAUAAAAAUAAAUAUUAUUCAAUGUCAAACAUUGUCAUUUGAACGUACGGGAAAUAAAUCGAUUACUAUCACAUUCGAUGAACAAACACAUAUUGUUUAUCAUCAACAAUUUUUUCAUGUUGUUCAUAAUCCUACUAUUGAUCUUGAUAAUCUUGUUCCCCAACAAAGUUUUGCUAGUGGUGGAAGACGAAUACAUAUAACUGGAACGAAUUUUCAUUUUCUUCAACAAAUUAAAAUGGAAUUUUCACUAGAAAAAGGAAAAUCAAUUGUUUAUGUAUCAUCCGUACAAUAUUUAAGUAAUUCAACGUAUCUUGUUUUCUUAACACCUUCCUAUAAUGAUUUUAAUUUAACAAGAUCAGAAUUAAAUCCACUAUUAAAUGUUAAUAUUAAACUUUAUAUCGAUGGUUAUAAUUUUACACAUCCAUCAUUUUUUCUUCAUUAUGUCAAUGAUCCAAUUAUUUAUGAAUUCGAACCACCACUGAUUCGUCCCUAUUCCAGUGAACUAGUGAUCUAUGGAAAUAAUAUGACAUUAAUCGGUCAUACAAUGAAUGAUGUUUUUGUACAUAUUGGAUGUGAGAUUUGUCCAAUUAUUUAUUUUUCAUCAGAUAAAAUAAUCUGUCGUCCACCGAUCAGUAGACCAGCAAAACGGAGUACAUCAAAGAACACGGAACGGUUGUGUUAUGAUUCGGAACAGCCGUGGAUUAUUGUUAGUAUUGACAACAUUCACUCACUUGUGGGAUAUUUACUCUAUCCAAGAAAGAUUAUUAUCUUAGGUGUUGUUAGUGGAUGUUUAUUAACAAUUUUGAUUGUUGUUAUCAUCAUCCUCAUAUUUAUUUGUUUAAAAAUGCGUUAUGAACAACAUAAGCAUCAAUGUAUUUACAAUGAUAACAGUAAUAAAAAGAAUAAAAAGUCAUAUAUUGAAUAUCGAAAAGGUGGUACAAAUUUAAUUUAUCAACAAGUACCAUUAAAACAGAGUAAUGUAAUUGAACCAAUCUACAGUCAAACAAUGUCUCCAAUUGUUUCAUUAUUACCAAUUCGUUCCUAUAUAUCCUAUUUACAAACAUAUUUUGUUCGAAAACACCAAUUAUUAAAUAAACCAUACUUUUCAUCAUCAUACGAUACUCCAAAACAUCUUAUAUAUUCACCAACAGAUGAUUUAAUUGAAAAUUUUCAAUUAUUUUUAAAAAAUGAACAGUUUCUAUUAUCAAUACUUCAUAUUUUGAGUGACGAUGAUAUUGGUGAUAAAUUAUUGAGUAUAAUUGUUUUAACACAAAGUGAAAAUAUUCAACAAUUUUUAAAAAUUAUUUUAACAUUUGAAAAUGAGAAAAAACGUCAUAAUUUAUAUUAUGAUAUAUACGCUUUAAUUAGCUAUGAUUAUUUAAAAAGUUAUGUGGCAAAUAUCUAUUAUCAAUUAUAUACAAUAUUAAAAUCAAAAAUGAACAGUGGACCAUGCGAUUCAAUUGAAAAUUUAUCCUACUAUACAUUAAAUGAUCGAACAUUGCUCAAAGAUACCACAAUUCCAUUUAAACAUGUACAAUUAUGUGUUCACAUUGAAUUAACAGAUGACAAAUCCUAUGAUUUCAUUCGUAUUCAAUGUAUCACAUGUGAUACAAUAACACAAGUCAAACAAAAACUCAUUGAUGAAAUAUUUCAAUGUUUACCCUAUUCAAAACGUCCAAAUUACAAUAAUUUUGAUCUAAUUUUAUUAACAACAAAACUAACAACUAAUACAUCAUCGUGUUCAUCUUCAUCGUCGUGUUCGUCCACAAAUUCAUCUUUACCAUUGACUCGUAAGGCAACAAAUGUCACAAAAAACUUUUGGUUUUCUCGAACUAUUACUAUACCACCUAAAAAUGAUCAACAUCAUCAUCACCAUCAUCAUCAACAACAACAACAACACCAACAACAACAAGAAUUCAUUGUAUUGAACGAUAUUGAUAAUACAAGUGAAACAAGUGGUCAUAUGAAAAAAUUGAACACAUUACAACAUUAUGGUAUCGUUCAAGAUGGAUACGAACUAAAAUUUCAAUUAAUUAAAAAUAAUGAUCAUACAUUAUCAAAAUAUGACAAACAUGACACUAGAAUGCUAAAAAAUGAAUUUAUUGAUACUAAAAUACCGUCACCAUUAAUAACUCGUACCAUAAAAUCAUUGACCAAUAAUCAUCAAUCACCGAAUAUUACUGCCAAUCGUUUAUCAUCACCAUGUCGUUAUUGUUCGCAUACAUUGUCUUUGAAUAAUGAGAAAAAAGAAUUUAGUUUUAAUUCUUUUUCAUUGACAUCGACAUCAACUGAACAAGAAAAUACUCGUCUAUUUCAUUUAUCAAAUCAUACAUAUGAAGAAAUUCAUGAUAGUCGUGAUUUAAUGCUUCGAAAUAGUGAUACAUGUCGAUUAUAUGAAACAAAAUUAUUAAUUAACGUCCAUUUAUUAACAUUAAUUGAAAAUAUUUUUGUUAACAGUGAUGAGUUUAUUCUUAAAUAUUUCAUUGGUGAUGAAUCGUUUAUUUAUGAGUUUUUUCAUCUUUUUUAUGCUCAUUUUAUACCGUUUAUUAUUCAUAGUUUAAAUUGUUUACUCGAUUUACAACCAAAUCCAUGUCUAGAAAGUUCAUUUGAAAUAAUUUCCAUUCUAAUUCAACUUGGAUGUUAUCCAACAGAAGGUCAUUUUUUUUGUUCAUUAUGUGAAAAUACGAGUAAUGAUGAUACAAAUAUGAAUAUUCAAAAUUGUACAUUAUUAUUUACUGACGAAAUUGAACGAAUUCGUCUAUUAUAUACGAAUAGUCAACGUCGAUUAAUAAACAAAUUGAGGAUGAAACAUAGUAAUCCUGACUAUUUUACAACAAAUAAAAUGUCAAAUGAACACCAUUUUGAACUUGAUCGAUCAGUUCUAAAGGAAUUGAUACAGUUUUCAUGUUCACAUGUCGAACAGAUUGUAAAUGGAAUUCAGCAUACAGAUCUUGUAUUUAAUUUUGUGACGUUUGUUGAAAUGUGUCGAACAAAACCGUCAUUAUCAGUGAACAAAGUUUUUUAG